GGCGCGCGGGUAACGGCCGCCGCGUGGUGAGCAGCGGGGCGCGCGACUGCCAGGAGCUGCUGCUGCCCCCACCCACCCCCAUGGCCUACAUCCCGACCCCCUCAGCAGCGGGGGUUGCCCCCAUGGGCUCCCAGUACUGCGUGUGCAAGGUGGAGCUGUCUGUGAGUGGCCAGAACCUGCUGGACCGGGACGUCACCUCCAAGUCUGACCCCUUCUGUGUCCUUUUCACAGAGAACAAUGGCAGGUGGAUGGAGUACGACAGGACAGAAACGGCCAUCAACAACCUCAACCCUGCCUUCUCCAAGAAGUUUGUCCUCGACUACCACUUCGAAGAGGUGCAGAAGCUCAAGUUCGCCCUGUUUGACCAGGACAAGUCCAGCACGCAGCUGGACGAGCAUGACUUUCUGGGCCAUUUCUCCUGUAGCCUGGGCACGAUUGUCUCCAGCAAGAAGAUCACUCGGCCUCUGGUGCUGCUGAAUGACAAGCCCGCAGGGAAGGGCAUGAUUACGAUUGCCGCCCAGGAGCUGUCAGACAACCGGGUCAUCACUCUGAGCCUGGCAGGCAGGAAGCUGGACAAGAAGGAUCUCUUUGGGAAAUCAGACCCGUUUCUGGAGUUUUACAAGCCAGGGGACGAUGGCAAAUGGAUGCUGGUGCACAGGACUGAGGUGAUCAAGUACACACUGGACCCCGUGUGGAAGCCAUUCACCGUGCCCCUGGUGUCCUUGUGCGACGGAGAUUUGGAGAAGCCCAUUCAGGUCAUGUGCUACGACUAUGACAAUGAUGGUGGCCACGACUUCAUCGGUGAGUUCCAGACUUCCGUGUUGCAGAUGAGUGAGGCUCGCGACGGCGUCCCGCUGGAGUUGGAGUGCAUCAACCCCAAGAAGCAGAGGAAGAAGAAGAGCUACAGAAACUCUGGUGUGAUCAUUUUGCGCUCCUGCAAGAUUCACCGAGACUACUCCUUCCUGGACUACAUCCUGGGUGGCUGCCAGCUCAUGUUCACCGUGGGAAUAGACUUCACAGCCUCCAAUGGGAAUCCCCUCGACCCUUCUUCUCUGCACUAUAUCAACCCCAUGGGCACCAACGAAUACCUGUCAGCCAUCUGGGCGGUGGGGCAGAUCAUCCAGGAUUACGACAGUGACAAGAUGUUUCCAGCUCUAGGAUUUGGGGCCCAGUUACCACCAGACUGGAAGGUCUCCCAUGAGUUUGCCAUCAACUUCAACCCCACCAACCCUUUCUGCUCAGGCGUGGAUGGCAUCGCCCAGGCAUACUCUGCCUGCUUGCCCCACAUCCGAUUCUACGGUCCCACCAACUUCUCCCCCAUCGUCAACCACGUGGCCCGCUUUGCAGCCCAGGCCACGCAGCAGCAGACAGCCACGCAGUACUUCAUCCUCCUCAUCAUCACGGACGGCGUCAUCAGCGACAUGGAGGAGACAAGGCAUGCCGUGGUGCAGGCAUCCAAGCUGCCCAUGUCCAUCAUCAUCGUGGGCGUGGGCAACGCAGACUUCGCUGCCAUGGAAUUCCUGGAUGGAGACAGCCGCAGGCUGCGCUCCCACACGGGCGAGGAGGCAGCCCGUGACAUCGUGCAGUUUGUGCCCUUCCGGGAGUUCCGAAACGCAGCAAAGGAGACCCUGGCCAAAGCUGUGCUGGCGGAGCUGCCCCAACAAGUUGUACAGUAUUUCAAACACAAAAACCUGGCCCCCACGAACUCGGAGCCUGCCUGAGCCUGUGCCCAGCAGCACCCACCCUUCCCAGCCGUGCACGCUCACCCUGCUUCCUCGUGGGUGGCCUUUUCUACCAAUCCACAUUCUUAUUUUUUACAAUGGAGCCUCCACCCCACCCCCUACCUUCCCCCUGCGCAGCCCAGCUCCCGGUGUCCAAGUCAACCCCUGAUGUUUCCAGGCCAAACUUCCCCCUCCCCUUAAGUAUUGAAUGUACUUUGUAUAAUUCUCGUGGAAUUGUUAUUCAAGAUAAUAAAGUUUUUACAAUCAU